AUGGAAGAAGAUAAUUAUAAUUACUUUAAGUAAUAUUUUCCAAUGGUUAUUACUAAUUGUGAAUUAUUAAUGAACUUAAUAAAUGAUAUUUUGGAUCAUUAAUAGAUAAUUGCAGGGCGAUUUAGAAUUACUCCGAGUGUUUUUUAGUUUGAUGAGUUACUUUAGUAAAUUUAUAGUCUUUUUUAAAUAUAAUGUAAAGAAAAAAACAUUCAGUUUAUUUUAAAAAGAAAUAAAAAUCUUACUAUAAAUUCAGAUAAAAAUCGAAUAAAAUAAGUCCUUAUUAACUUUAUUUCGAAUUCUAUAAAAUUCACCAAAAAUGGAAAAAUAUAGCUCAAAACGAAUCUUUCGAAAGAUAAAACACUUCUCUCAAUAAGUAUUAGGGAUACUGGAAGUGGAAUACCAAAGGAAGUUUAGGAAAAACUUUUUUAGCCUUUUUCUACUUUCGAUAAUAUGUUUGGAAAUAAUAGAAAUGGUGUUGGCUUAGGAUUAUGUAUGUGUUAAAAUUUAGUUAGUUAAUUAGGUCCUUAUAAGAAGAUUUUUUUAGAAUCUCAUAUUGGUAAAGGAAGAAACCGAAACUGA